AUGGCCAAGAAAACCAUCGUGGUCGUCGGCGCCACCGGCCAACAAGGCGGCUCUGUCAUAACCGCCAUCCGCGCAUCUCCCACCCUUAGCAAGCAAUACACCAUCAAAGGAACAACCCGAGAUCUCACCAAACCCGCAGCACAAGACCUCAUAAAGAAGGGCAUCGAGAUAGUCCCCGCCGACAUAAACGACCCGUCCUCCCUCCGCGCCGCCUUCAGCGGCGCAUCCAUCGUCUUUGCCAACAGCAUCACAAUCUACGACGGACACACGCUGAAGCACGAAAUACAGCAAGGCCGCGCCAUGGCCGAUGCUGCCGUCGCCGCAGGCGUCCCGGCAAUAAUCUACUCGACUCUCCCGCACGCCGGGAACAUCUCGAACGGGGAGUUAAAGGCUAUGGGCCACUUUGACGGGAAGGCCGAGGUUGAGGCGUAUAUUCGGACCCUGCCGAUCCGCUCUGCGUUUGUGGCGCCGGGCAGCUUCAUGAGUAACUUUUUUGACAGUAUGGCGCCGCGUCCGGACUAUACUGAGGAGGGGGCGUAUGUGAUUGCCAUGCCUGUUCCAGCCGAGACAAAGUUACCGCUCAUUGAUACGGCUGGGGAUCUGGGGAAGUGGGUUGCUGCUAUCUUGGAGGACUUUGAUCAGUUUGAGGGGAAGGUUUUAUGCUGCGCGACAAGGCUCUACUCUUUCAGCGAGAUCGUGGAGAUUUUGUCCCGCUUGUCCGGGAAGAAGAUUGUUUAUAGGCAGGUUCCUGUUGAUGUCUGGAAGGGGUUUCUGCCGCCGCUUAUGGCGGAGCAUAUUGCGGAUAUGAUAAGGUUCUUUUAUGAGUUUGGGUAUUUUGGGGAGGACACCGAGGGGAAAGUCGCUUGGAGUGCGGAGAUGGCGGGGGUUGAUGGGAGACUGACGACGCUGGAGGAGUUUAUUGGAAGGAAUCCGUUGAAGCUAUAG